AUGAAACAAAGUAGCCCAAAAAUCUUCAAAUCAGCCUCCAAUAUUAAAAAUUGGAACUUAGAAAUCGGUAGUGCGAGAUUUACUUUUAAAAACGGAGAUAACUACGAGGGAAAAUAUCUAAUAAAUGUUGACAGACGCACCUUAGUUAAACAAGAUCAUGGAGUGUACACAACUGAUAAUUUCGACAUCUACGACGGGAAAUGGUACGAUGAUACAUUUGGCAGCGAUGAAUUUCACAUCCGGUACAAUAAUAAUACACAAUAUAAGGGGAACGUUGAUGCGAAUGGGGCGAUGAAUGGUAAAGGUACAUACUUUUUUCCCGAUGGAUCCUCAUUGAUGUCAACAUGGUACCAAAACAAGCCUGUCUCAAAUAUUGUUUGCAGAGAGCCGCUUGGAUAUGAGUGGACAACCACAUCAAUUUCAGAUAGCGUUUGUAUAAAUACAAAAUUAUGAAGAUAUAAGUUUCUUUAUAUAGAUUUGUAUUAUAUUAUAGUUUUAUUAAAAAUAUAUUUGUCUUUUACAGUAUGUUAUAUUUACAACUGUUAAUCAA